AUGAGGACUACCGCAGGUGCUGGAGUCAUACAUGCAGAGUAUGCGGAGUCCGCUCAAUUCCCCCAGAUCAUCAUCAUCAUCAUCAUCAUCAUCACCAUCCUCACCAGCAUCACGACCCUCACAAUUCACACGUCAACCAAGAAUGAUAGGGCGAUCAGGGUUCAGGGUAUGGAAAUAGCUAAGAAUAACCCGGACAACCAGAAACUUUGUCUUGGAACCCCAAAAAAAGACCAGAUAAAUUACCAAACCCCUUCCGAGGUUACCGUACCAUACACAUGCACAGGCCACAAGAUCCCUGAGCUCCCGAAAGACAGUGGUGUCUUUGCCCCAAAAGGGUCCCCCUCCCCCCCCCGAGUCCCCCGGAAACCCCUUUGCAAGCGCCCAUCAGAGGCCGUCCAAGACCCUCCCAAGACCCUCCCAAGACCCCCGAACUCCACAGGGACAAGUCGCGGCUCCACUCGGUCCCCUAACAGUCCCCUAACAGUCCCUUAA